AUGUCACAAAAAUAUUUUAAAUUUUUAUAUAAAAUUAUAAAAUGUCUGCCAACAAAAGGAGAAAUAAACAAAAGUUCAACACACAAAUGCAAAAGUAGCAAGUGUAGCCUCGGAUUUACGAGGAUUAGUUGCUUAAUCCUUACAGAAGGAGAAUCAGCUAAGGCAUUUGUCUUAGCUGGUUUGGAGGCUACCAACAACAAGAAGUGGAGAGUUCACUCCCUACAAGGAAAAUUCUUAAAUGUGAGGGAUGCAACAGUACAACAAAUUGCUCAAAAUGAGGAGGUCCAAGCCUUGGAUGAAGGUCCUCAGAUUGGAACAAGGUAG